UUUAUUAUUCUUUUAGGCUGACGAGCUCGGCCGCAAGCCUACCGCAACGGAGCUGUAUACUCGGAUGCACUCCACGAAAGCUGACAAGGGUGUCAUGGUAGACAAGAGGGCCCAAGACAUGAGUGAUGCAAUUGCUCAGAGACUUGCUGCUGCAUCGCAGCCGCCGACCGGAGAGGGUGGUUCGUCUAGCACAGCAGAAGUCGACGAGACGCAGCUAUUUCUAGAUAUCGAGGGCGUCAACAAGAAGCGGCGUGUCUACGGGUUGGGUUCAGCGACUAGUGCGUACGUGGAUACGACGACGUCUAGUAGGGCGAGGACCAGGUCCACACAGUCACAGCGAACUGAGGAGGAGAUCGAGCGGCGUGUGCGGACGGGGAUCCAGGACGGACUGCGCCAGAUUACCACUGAGGUGGAGGAUCUCCGUGCCCAGCAGGCGAGAACCAAUGAGAGGAUGGCCGGGAUUAUUCAGGCCGAGAUGGCGAAGAUGAUGCAGACUCUUCCUCCGCAGUAUCGCCCACCCCCAGGUCCUUCAGACGAUGACGAUACUCCGACUUCGUAG